CCUUGGAAGGUUCUGGGAAAGAGAAUGGAGGGGAUGGCGGCAGCAACGUGGGUUCGUUGUCUCUUUACCAGGUCGAGAAUUCCAGACUCGGUAUUUCAGCCACGGCCUGGAGAUCAUGAAAAAUAUGGAGGUGAUCCUGAGCAUCCCCAUAAAAUCCAUGUUAUUACUAGAAUAAAAAGUGUGAUUCGUCGCCCAUAUUGGGAAAAGAAGAUAAUACAUAAUCUCGGACUGGAUAAAGCGCAUCAGCCAGUACUGCACAAAAAUAUCCCUUCUGUGAAUUCCAAACUGAAAGUUGUUAAACAUCUGAUAAGAAUACAGCCACUGAAACUACCUUAUGGGUUGCCAACAGAAGAGGAAAUGUCAGACACCUUUCUUACAAGCAAGGGAGAGCUUAUCAUUAAACGUCGUCUGAAACCUGCAGAGCAGAAAGAAAUAAAGUCAUAAGGUGUGCUGGUUGGAUUUAUACUUUAUAAAAUAAAUAAUUUCAAUCCUGAUUUAAGAGUUUAUGUAUGAAAUGUAAGCUUAAUUCUUACCCUGUCUGAUACGAAUGGCUCAGGGGACACUGACGCUUAGAGAAUGAUUGAAUGUACAAAUAUAAAAUUCAACGUUGUUAAUAUUUGCCUGAAAUAUUAAAGGCAUGAUAGGAUUUCUGUCCUUGUGUUUUAAUUUUGUGGCUAGAUUACUGCUGUUUAUGGCUAACUGUUAGUGAACUUUAUAAAGUCAGAUAAGCAGAGAAGCAAGUAGAAUAAAUCUAACUAAUGAUGGUGAGGAGGGUAUUUCCCAGCUAACAGUAAAGGUUUACAGUGAUGGUGCAUGACUUCUCCUUUGCUGCACAAAGGAAGGAACUGGAAUUGAAAAGCCCUCUAUGUAGCAGUUACGUGAGAAUUGACUCACUGUCCACCAAGAGUGUAGUUUGAUUGAGAGAGGCAUUUGGGUGACUUACCUUGGUCACACUUGUUCCUUAGCAAAUAGUCUGUCAUCUGGCCUGCUCUGUAACUUAAAAAGUACCUGAAUUCCCAUUUGGGAGUAACAGAAGGAGUGAUUCACAUCUUGGCAGGUUGUACAAUUUGCCUUUCAGGAAACAUGCUAUCUCACUUGAUACAUAUUUCUUGAUCCUAAAUGUUUAAUAAUAAUCACUUAAGAGCUGCAGUCUGUGUGAAAGUUGAUGCUUUUCCUGUUCUAAAAUUGCAGACUUUAGAAAUCUGGAGACCCUGAAGCAUACCUCUUUGAUGCAAUUUAGUAUUUAUGAGCUGGAAGCUUAUAAAGUAACACUUUUUACUAAAGGGUCUUGAAUAUGACCCUUCUGUGUGCGUAUUUUUAUUUACAAUUUUAAGAAUGUGAAUUAGCUGCUGCUGUAUCAAAUGAUACAGUAGUUUGCAUUCAAUUGAGCAUAAAUUCCAUAGUUUAACAUACUGUAAGCCACUCUCACACUAGACACACGGUAGAGGAGUUAAUCUUAAUGAUUGUAUGUUGUGAAAAGAUAAGGGGGAUACAGUCGCUAAAAAUCAACGUUUAUCCUUUCUGCAUGCUUGCAAAGAAGAGUAAACAGCAGUAGGAGUCCAAGUGAAUAGACAUAUCAGUAGAGGGGCAUAGAAGCUGCAGAUACUGUGAGCAGGAGAAAAAAGGAUAGGCUGUGGUAGUGGCAUUGAAGAGUGGCUCCUACAGGCAGGUUGAAGGCAGAAAUGUGAAACUGAGCUGGAAAACCUCCAUUUCUCAAGAGAGAACAGGCUGUGGUUUGAAGGACACACAAAAUACUGGUGUCAGUCUGAAGUGUAUAGAAUAGCAAGGAAAAAGUGAAGCAGAUAAGUGAAUGUUUUUCUUCCCUCCCUCCUUCCUUCCAGCAUAUACAUAGCGUCGUGCCCUGCAGUGUGUUGUAGCAGCAGGCUCUGUGUGGCGUUGACCAUGUUCCCACAGGGAGGUACUUAGUACAAGCUGAAAUUUCAGCCCUUUUGAAGGACGUGUGUAGUGCAUCCAAGGUACAGGGCAUGCUUAAAAGAGAUGGCACAAGUACCGGAGCCCAGAAAGUUAGGGAAAUGGGUCUUGUUGCUGAGAGAUAGCAAAUAAAAGACUUGUACCAGGCUUGGUGACCCAGAGCACCAAAGCCACGAUUGCUCAACCUUUCCGAGCACAUUCAGGAUUUGUGAGCACAGCGCUGCAGCCUGCUCAAUCUCCAACAGAGGGAGCGCAGCCAGUUCUGUCAUACACAGUAUGGGUAUGAAUGUGGAUCUUCUUUUUGUUACACUAUACAGAUACUGCAGCCUUCAAAAGUACUGCAAUGUAAAUUGGAAAGAAUGUGUUAAUGAAAAAGCUUGUUUGGUACUGUGCACAACUUAAAAAGUGUGUGAUAAACUACCUAAGUUAGACCAGAGCUAAUAAUUGCUUCCCAAGUACAAAGAAAGGAUAAUUUAGAUAGUACCUCUUACUUGUGGGUAAGAUUUAGCUACAAGAGAUGUUUACAGCUGUCUUUCACUGAUAAGCUAGCAGUUUUAAUGAAAAAGGAAAUUGCAUUUUCUUAAAAUUUGUAAUACAUGUUUAAGUGUGGGUGUUUCUGAAAUGGUGUUUCCUCCAAGGUCACAACUGUCAUACAGUCUAUCUGCUAUCCCAAACCUUCUCUGUAUAAGCAUAUGUUCUCUAAAGAUUUGCUCUUGGGUCUAAACCUGAACCAACAGGGUACAUAAAUAUAGAGUGUGUCCACAUCCUUUCAUUAAUGGAACAUUGUAAAUGCUUCAUGUAACUCUUCAUGAAGCACAGGUAAGAGAUGCGGCCCUUUUAUGCAGGAAACAGACUGACUGAAGAUGAUGGAAAAAUUCAGGUUGGAAGGUACCUCACUGGUCUCUAGUCCAGCCUCCUGCUCAACACAGGGCCAGCGCUGAGGCCAGACCAGGUUGCUCAGGGAUUUGUCCAGCCGGGUCUUGAGAACCUCUGAGGACAGGUACAGCUCAGCCUCUCUAGGCAGCCUGCCUGGCUGACCUCAUGGGCUCACAUCACCAAAGCUAAGAGUGAUUAUACUGAAAGUAUAUGAUACACUGGGAUAUACUCUUCUGGUAGAUUAAACAUAGACGAUAUUUAUUGCAAAUAUUUAGUUCCAAAACUGCAAAUUGUUAACAACCAAUGUUGUACUGCUGUUAAACACAUGUAUUGACAGAUGAAAUCUAAGGCAGAUAAAAUCUUGUUAAGUAGUGUUAUAAUUUUCUUGCAGCAUUAAUCUGCUGCUUGAGAAACUGCAAGCACAGAUUAAAACUCUUCUUGAAUAUUCUUGUGAAGUGAGAUAAAAAAUAAAUGGCAAAAGAUUGGUUAUAGUUUGGAUUAUUAGCAGUGUUAUCUUUUAGAGUUAUUUUUUUAGCCUUAGCCA